AUGGGAGUUACAAUACAGCUAGCAGUCCUUACUGCUGCUGUAGCUCUUUUCUUCUUCCUGAGAGGUCUUUCGUCGAAAAAGACACUAGCACCACUACCUCCAGGUCCCCCUAAAAAGCCUCUCAUUGGAAACCUGCUAGAUCUUCCUGGCGCAGGUCAACAGGAAUGGAUUCACUGGCUAAAACACAAGGAUCUCUAUGGUCCCUUGAGCUCUGUUUCAGUUUUCGGACAAAACAUAAUCCUCAUUAACGAUAAAAGAAUUGCAUAUGAGAUUCUGGAAAAGAAUUCUGCCAAACACUCGUCCCGUCCUCACUUCACGUUUGCAGAACAGAUUUGUGGUUGGGAUAGGGCGCCUGUGAAUCAGGAUAACAAUGCUUUUCUGAAGACUUUCCGCCGAGCAGCUGCCCGCACGAUAGGAACCCAGGCAUCUAUUGCUAAAUAUGAUCGUCUUAUUGAAGAUGAGAUGAGACACUUCUUAUGGCGGGUUCUUGAUAACCCCAAGAAGUUCAUUGAUCAUAAUCGAAGUGCCGCCGUCGGCUUGAUCUUGAAAAUUACCUAUGGAUAUACUACUGAACCGUCCAAAGAGGACCCAUUGGUUGCCCUCGCUGACUUGACCCUGCAGCAAUUCUCCGAGGCUAUCAUUCCAGGUGCAUUCUUAGUUGAUCUGAUUCCUGCAUUGAUCUACAUCCCUGAGUGGUUCCCAGGUGGUGGAUUCAAGACUAUAGGGAGAUUCUAUUAUGACACCCUUAGAAGGCUCGUGGAAAGUCCAUUUGCGUUUACUAAAUACCAGAAGAGCCAGAACAUCAGUAAGAACCCAUCUCUUGUGUCGGAACUGCUGGACCAGGGAGAAGAUGACGACCUGGUUAAAUGGCUCGCAGUGGGACUUUACGGUGGAGGGGCAGAUACGACUGUUUCUACUAUGGAAGCAUUCUUCCUCGCCAUGUUACUCUACCCAGAGGUGCAGGGUAAGGCACAAGCCGAGCUUGACCAUGUCCUUGGUGAAACGACCCUUCCAACUGUGGCAGAUCGACCAAAACUGCCAUACAUCAAUGCGAUCGUACGAGAACUUCUUCGCUGGCACCCUGUUGCACCACUGGGCGUUCCACACCGAGCUGAUGAAGACGAUAUUAUCAAUGGAUUCUUGAUUCCAAAGAAUGCAGUCCUAAUCGCAAAUAUCUGGGGAUUCAACCACGAUCCAGAAGUUUAUUCCAAUCCAUCACAAUUUAAACCGGAGCGGUUCCUUGGCGUUGAUGACAAGGAUGCUGUUCCCGAUUCACAAAGCUUCGGCUUUGGUCGUCGUAUUUGCCCUGGCAGGCUGUUUGCCGAUACUUCCUUAUACAUCAUGGUUGCGCAUACCCUUUCGGUCUUCAAUCUCAACAAGGCUGUUGGUGAAGAUGGUCGUGAAAUUGAUGUGGAGGCUAAGUUUACAGCGGGUAUCAUCAGUCACCCGGAGCCAUUUUCUUGUGCUUUUACUCCUCGCAGUGAGAGUCAUAAACAGCUUAUUGAAGAGUUCCAACGGGAGAAUCCUUUCAAGAAAGGAAAUGCGGACGAACUUCUGGCUGCUUUGAACGAGAGAAACGUCUCUCACAAUGAUGGACGCGCCUCGUAG